UGUCAGAAUCGGAACCGUAAUUUAGGUCAUCGUCCUCACCCCUACCAAACUCCCACAAACAAGAGCGGGAAUCAGAAUUAGGUAAAAAGCACAAAUCUCCCACAGGUAAACCAUUCCUUUCUCCAUCACUCCUUCCUUCCCAUUCUCUUCUUCUUCAAUGUUUCCCUUCCCCACCACCUCCAACCAUAAAACCCUAAACCUAUCCCCUCCCAGAUCUCCAACCAAGCACCUCAACGAGCAAUGGCCGACAAACAAUACCAACCUGCAAAACCUAAUCCCCAGCCUCCGUUUCCUUCCUCGAAGAACCAGCCCUUCAAUCGCCCCAUUUACCAAUAUCGUCCCCAACCGCAGUCAUCGAAGAGCCCCUGCUUCCGUGGCUGCUGCAUCUCCGCCAUUCUCGCGCUCCUCUCCCUCAUUGUACUCGCCGCCAUCGCCGGCGGUAUCUUCUACGCCAUCUACCGUCCCCACAGACCAACCUUCUCGAUUUCUUCCCUCCGCCUCUCUUCCCUCAACACCACCUCAUCCAACCACUUCACCUCCCGGCUCGACCUCUCUGUCACGGCGCGAAACCCUAAUCCCCGAAUUGAUUACAAUUACGACCAGAUCUCAAUCUCCAUCUCAUCCAACGGCGUCGGAAUCGGUGAGGGAUCGUUUCCUGGCUUCGUGCAUAGUGCGAAGAACACGACGGUGUUGAGCUCAUUGGCGUCGACGAGAUCGGAUCUGAAAAAAGGCACAGUUCCGUUGGAGUUCUACAUGGAAACGAAGGUAAGGAUGAAGGUCGGUCGGCUUAAGACGAGUAAGUUUCGGAUGAAGGUGUACUGUGACGGGAUUGAGAUUGCUGCUCCGAAGGGGAAGAAGGCCGGCACGGCUUCGAAUCUCGAUUCGAGCUGCAAGGUUAAGCUCCGGAUGAAGUUCUGGAAAUGGAUGAUCUAGAUCUAUUUUCAUUGAAUCUUUCAUUCACAUGAGUGGUAAAAAAAAUGAUGAUUCGUAGGGUGGAUUGG